AUGGGUUCGAUGUCGCUUUAUCUUUUCAAUAUUGUCCUUCUGUCAUCCCUUAUCUUACUUAGUAACGGUCAAAAAGAAUAUGAAAAUCAUCAUAAUACAGAGCAAAUGUUCGAUGUACUCGAUCGUGUUCAUGCUAAAUGUCCUGAAAUAACAUAUAUUUAUGAUUUACCAUUAAAAUCAGUCGAGAAACGUCCAUUACGCGUUAUUGUUUUUUCGGACAACCCAAAACAUCAUGAGUCGCUUGAACCUGAAUUUAAAUAUGUUGGUAAUAUGCAUGGAAAUGAAAUUGUGGGUCGAGAAUUAUUAUUACAAUUAGCCGAAUAUUUAUGUGAAGAAUAUAAAAAUGGAAAUCAAGCAAUUCAAAAGUUAGUCGAUAAUACACGUAUUCAUCUUAUGCCAUCCAUGAAUCCAGAUGGUUGGGAGAUUGCUGCACAAUAUGCAUGGAAUACAACAAAACCUGAUCAAUAUAAAGAUCUUGAAACAAUGUUAAAAGAACAAGGUGCCACUGAUUGGACAGUUGGUCGUACAAACGCAAAUGGAGUUGAUUUAAACCGAAAUUUUCCAAAUCUAGAUGAGUUUAUAUAUAAAUAUAAUCAACGUGCAAAUCAUCGAAAUAAUCAUCUUGAUUUGGAAACAUUUGUUGCAUUAACAGAAGGAAAAGAUUGUCACGAUCAAACAUAUCAAGUUGAAACAUUAACAGUUGCAUUUUGGAUUAUGCAAAAUCCAUUUGUAUUAUCAGCUAAUUUACACAAUGGCGAUCUUGUUGCUAAUUAUCCAUAUGACGAUUCAGCAAAUCAUCUUCGAAUGUAUUCACCAUCACCUGAUGAUACAUUAUUUCAGCAACUAGCUGAAUCUUAUUCUCAUGCCAAUACAAAUAUGGAAUCACCAAAAAAGCCAUGUGGUACUGAUGUCUUUCCAGAUGGAAUUACUAAUGGUGCAGCUUGGUAUCCAGUAUGUGGUGGAAUGCAAGAUUUUAAUUACUUAGCUAGUAAUUCGUUUGAAUUGACAUUAGAACUUGGUUGUCAAAAAUUUCCACCCGGUAAAAACUUGGCAAAUCUUUGGAAUGAAAAUAAAAGAGCACUUAUCAAUUUUAUGUGGCAGACUCAUUUGGGUAUCAAAGGAUUGAUCGAUGAUGAAGAAGGUGAACCAAUCUUUAAUGCAAGUAUUAAAGUUUAUCAAUUAAUUAACAAUAAUUGGGAAUAUAUUGAUCAUGAUGUAACAUCAAAUUCUAAUGGUGAUUAUUAUCGUUUACUUGUGGAUGGUACGUAUGCAAUCCAAGUGAAAAAACCAGGUUACGAAAGUCAAACCCGACAUAUAACUGUUCAUAACAAAGAAUAUCAAACUGAUGCACAUCGAUAUGAUUUUACUCUUCAAACAGUUUCAUCUGAAGAAGAUAAUCUUCGAAGAAUGCUCAGAAAAUUUAUGGACUAA